GCCCACGUGCAGACGCAGGCGCGGCGCGGUUCCCUUCCGGAGCGGCGGGGCCGGGCCGGGCCGGGCCGGGCCGGGUCCCCCGGAGAUGGAGGAGCAGGACGCAGCGGGGGAAGCCCAGUCCCCGAGGUGCUCGGCCCGUGCGGGGGGCGCCCUGCCCACCCUCGAGACGCGGCGCCGGCGCUUCAGGGGGCUCCGCUACCGGGCGGCCGAGGGGCCGCGGGGGGUUUGCAGCCGCCUGCGGGAGCUGUGCCGGCGCUGGCUGGAGCCCCAGCGCCGCAGCAAGGAGCAGAUGCUGGAGCUGGUGGUGCUGGAGCAGUUCCUGGCCGUCCUGCCCCGGGAGAUGCGGAGCUGGGAGCGGGCACGCAGCGUGGAGACCUGCGCCGAGGCCGUGAGGCUAGCCGAGGGGGUGCAGCUGGGGCAGGAGGAGGAGGAGAAGCUCCAGGUCACAGUGUGUGUGAAGGUCAAAGAAGUUGAUUCGUGGCUGCAGCAGCCAAAGGCCCACUCUAGAGACGCGCCUCUGCAGGAGGCAGGGCAGAGAGAGCCCCCAGAGCCCCAGGAUGAGCUGCCUCUUGUGCCCAAAGAAGAGCUCCUGUCCUUCCAGGAGUCGGAUUCCCCCAAAACAGAGGAGACCUGGGAGCGGUCAGCAGGUGGAAGCUCCUCGGGCUGGUGCCCCAGACAAGGCCCUUUCCCAGGAGCAGGUGCAGGGACCUUGAGUAGAGCUGAUCAGCAGCCUCCUGAGGAGGGGCCUGUAGACUGGGAGCUGCAGAGGACUUCCCCAGGGAGACUGGAAGAGAGGGGCUCCCUGACACCCGAGCCAGGCCAACUGCAGGAAAGGCAGGCCAGGCCUCCAAAGCAGGGGGAGAGCAUGGAGCUCCGGCAGAUCUUUGAGGACAUGGCUGUGUAUUUCACGCGGAAGGAGUGGGAGCUGCUGGAAGAUGAAGACAAGGUGCUUUACCGGGACCAGAUGCUGAGGAAUUUCCAUGCCCUCGUUUCCCUGGGAUAUGGAGGUCCCACACCUGACGUAAUCUGCCGCAUCCAGCGAGGGGAGGCGGACCUCUGGAUCUGCGAUGAUGAGAACCAUGGGGGAAUCUUAAGGCCAGAGGACCUGUUGCCAGGCCUUUAUCCUGGGGCAGGUUCCUGUGACACGAAGGACAACUGGGACUUAUCAGCAGAGGAAAGCUCCACGGGCUCGUUCCCUACAUCAGACCUUUCCCUGGAAGCAGGAGGUGCCUGGCUGCUGAGCAGAGCUGAAGAGCAGCCUCCUGUGGAAGGGUCUGCAAAACUCAAGCCAGCACAGACUUCCCCGGGGAGUUUGGGUGAGCUGGAUGCCCUGAGACCUGAGAAGGACCAAUGGAACAAGAGCCAGGGGAGACCCCAAAAGCAGAAGGAGACUACAGCAGUGAAUCAGGUACCAUCUUUAGUUGGGUGUGAGAGUGGAGACUGGACACAACCCAGUAAAAGCCCUGGGUGCAGGGAAGAAUUUAUGGAGCUGAGAGACGUGAAGAGCCACCAGACAGAGUUCCACUGGAGAGAGACGCUAUAUCCGAAUGAAGCCAGCGGGGAGGGCCUCAGCGGGAAGCAGAAACUCGCCGCCGAGAAAAGGGAGAGAGCCCACCCCUGCGCUGAAUGCAGGAAAACCUUUAACUGUCCAUCACUCCUGGCUUUGCACAAGAUGAGGCAUGCUGGGGAAAAGCCCCACGUAUGCACCAAGUGCAGGAAGAGCUUCACUUGCCUCUCGACCCUGGUUGCUCACCACAAGACCCAUUCUGGAGAGCUCCCCCAUUGCUUCACCAAGUGUGGGAAGAGCUUUGUGUACCCCAUAGACCUGGUCAAGCACCAGCACGCACAAAAGGGGAAGCGUCAGUACUGCUGUACCAAGUGCAGAAAGAGCUUCACCCUUUCCUCCAACCUGGCCCGGCACCGGCGUGUCCACACAGGGGAGAAGCCAUAUCAGUGCGCUCUGUGUGGGAGGAGAUUCACCCAAUCCUGCCACCUGGCCCGGCACCAGCUCACUCAUACAGGAGAGAAGCCACAUCAAUGCUCUCUGUGUGGGAAGCGCUUCACCCUCUCCUCCAGCCUGACCCGGCACCAGCGCAUCCACACAGGGGAGAAGCCACAUCGGUGCCCUGAGUGCGGGAAGAGCUUCACCCAAGCUUCCCAUCUAGCUGACCACCAGCGCAUCCACACAGGGGAGAAGCCACAUUUGUGCCCUGAAUGUGGGAAGAGCUUUAGCCAAUCUUCCCACCUGGCCCAGCACCAACGUAUCCACACAGGGGAGAAGCCACAUCGGUGCCCUGAGUGUGGGAAGAGCUUUAGCCACUCCUCCCACCUGGCCCAGCACCAGCUUAUACAUACGGGGGAGAAGCCACAUCGGUGCUCUGUGUGUGGGAAGGGCUUCACCCAGUCCUCCAGCCUGGCCCGACACCAGCUCAUCCACACAGGCGAGAAGCCACAUGGGUGCCUGGAGUGUGGGAAGAGCUUCACCCAGUCCUGCCACCUGGCCCGGCACCAGCUCCUCCACACCCAGGAGCAUCCAUAACUAAGCAGUGCAGGAAGGGCCUGGGGAUCUCUACUUGCUCUACAUGUUCAGGGCUGUAUUCAGGCAAUGCUGGUGCUACAGAAAAAGUUGACCCAUGCUUCGGACCAUGUAGGGCAUCGCAGAUCCCAAAGGAUCCAGAUGCUGGCCCCCAAGGUCUGAUGGUGGGGAGGGGCUAAGAGAAAACGGCCAGGCCAGAUGCUGAGAAAACUUGUGAGGAGACAAUCUUUGCAUCAGCCUUGCAGUCUAAAAGUGGUCACUGCUGCCAGGUGAAGAAGUACCCUCCUAGCGAGAUAUCUCUCCCCUCAAAGACAUCCCUAACUUUCUAUGAACUGACUCCAAAUAACACCCAGGGACUAGCGUGGGACUUAUUCCAGCUUUGUCUUCCUGCUUGUUUCCCAGGCUCCGUGCAUUUGUGUACAGGCACCCGAGGUUACUAGUUGAUUGCCCUGAUUUCUCAGGAAGUGUGAGAACACCUCCCCUGUUGCCCCCUCCUGCUUGCUCUUCCUCUGGGUCACCCGCUUCCCCACUGACCUCAGGGCUUUGGUUUCCAUCUCCCGGCAAACCUAGUUGAAAGCCCUCCUCACUAGGUUAGCGAGAAGUAUUGCCUGCCCUGCACCCUAACCUCGACUUUCCUUCCCACCACAUACCCCUCUCUCAUGCCUGCUAAUGCCUAUUGGGGUCUGUAGAGUUGGUUUGGACGGUUUUGCUUCUCAGCCUCUCUUAGGACUCUUCACUGCCAGGGGCCUCAUUGCCUCCUCUGCUCAUAAAACCCCCAGAACUGAGCAUUAUAUCCCUGUGGUUGGCCUCUAUCCUCUCCAGAGCUGUGCAAUGGGAGCAGACCAGACCCAGACCGUUUCCAGGGCAGAUAUCUCUGAUUUCCUAGACACUUCCCUUUCCAAAGGAGUCACUGUAAUCCGGGGCUUGUUGCUAACUCUCGGGAGCAGGAGUUGGUCACAUUCGAGGCAUUACUCCCAUGUACGGCUGCGCAGCAAGGAUCCUGCACUUUUGAAGGAGCCUCUGGCCAGGGAGCAGUUGAGUCCCUUUUCUGGGUGUAACGGGGUAGCAGGUGUGAAGGAGGUGCAGCCUGUAGCAGGUCCUGCCUCUCCUGUGGAAGGGUGUAAAAAAUAUGAGCACAUUCCCUGGGUGAAAUUCAGCACGCUGUAAUCUCCCAUUGUGAAUAGUGAGACUUCCCUGCUGGUGCCAAAGCCAUUUGGGUCCAGGAUUGUUCUGUAAGGGCUACUCCAAGAGAUUACUAAACCAUUAUCGAGCACACUUUUAUUUGUCUUGUCUAUAAUUGUUAUCACUGUUGAUUUCUGUCUCCCCAGGUAUAAAACUGCCCCCCCUUUCCCCAUAUUAAGGUGUUUUAAGACAAUAACCUGUGACACUUGAAACGAGUCUCAGUUUUCUGGCCAGAGGGCUGGUUUGUCUUGUUGUUGGAGGUGGCCACCUCCAUCAAAAGGGAGCGGGACUUUGUUCAAUGCAUUUUGAAAUGGCCUGUUACUUUCCGAAUGUCUAAGGGGCUGUGUAAGUAGGGGAGAAGUGUGCGUAGGCGAAGGAGUGUGUGUCAAAGGAGCUGAUAUCCUAACCACUCCUUUCCAAGAGGGGAGCACGUGCGCAAAUCAGUUAAGGUCGGCUGAUCUGUUGUCCUUGAUUUGACUUGUGGUUAGGAGUGAAAUUAGCUGAUCAACGAGACCGUUCCAAUCGCAAUUCAAAAGCUUAAUACAGUAAAAUCUCCAUUAUCUGGCAUGAGUGGGGAAUGCCGGGUGCCGGUACUGUAAAAAUACUGGUUAUCUAAAAAUCCUGGAGCUGGAGGGGAGUUUAGGAGGGGCUUGCACGCGGCUUGCACGUGGCGGCAGUGCAGGGUGGUUGCAUGCGGCGGCGGUGCGGGGUGGUGGAUGGGAGCAGAGCGGUGCCGGUUAAUACAGUAUGCUGACUAGUAGAAUGCCGUAAAAACAGGGAUUUUACUGUAGCAAAGACUGAUUUUUAGUGAUAAAGGCAACGCUUAGGCCACCUUGGAUUCAGAUACAAUAGGUCUGCUGGCCUGGCAUCUCUGCUUCCCUGGGGACUUUCACUGGGCUGGUUUCUUCUGCUGGGCUUUGGGAAAAGUCCAGUUUGUUGCUUAGCCCAUGCCCAGUCUUCAUAAAUGGACAAUUAGACAUGCUAAUAAUUGACCCCUGGUUGGUUUUAUUGAAUUUUUUUUGUUUCAGUGGAACCGAGUGGAACCAGAUUUUAGAGGUCCUGGGAAGGGGGUCGAGGGAUCACCUUAGCUCAAGCUUUUUCUCCCUAGGCUGCCUGACCCUGGUCUCUCAAUCACCUGUCAAUUUUGACUUCAAUCAAUUGAAAUCUAUAUCCCUGCGAUAAGGAAUCGUCCCUUCUGCUAUCUCUCAUUGUGACUUGCUCUUUGGUCUUGGUGUUAUUCAUUAACUGCAGCCCGUGGCCUAACAAAGCUGCCUUGCUCUUCCCCUCACCUGCAGAAGAUGGCUUUCAACUAUCACCUGAGCAAAUGCAGGAUGGCUGUUGAAUGUGCCUUUGACCGCCUCAAAGCACGGCGGAGGUCACUGAACUACAGGCUCGAGUUGGAGCCAGAAAAUAGUGGCUUUUAUAGUGGCAGCCUGCAUGCUCCACAAUAUUUGCGAAACCAGGGGAGACAUUUUUAGGGAGUCUCGGGCUGAGGAGGCAGCGGGAUGCAGGCGGGCAGUACAUGGCACUCCACACCAUCAGCACGGAGACGCUGGUCGGGCAGCCGUCAUGCAGGAUCGCCUGGCUGCACAUAUCACAGAUGCCGCUGAUGGAGUCGGUUCCCUCUAGGCCGAUGGAUACGUUCCUGAUACCUGCUGCUGAGUGUUUCUUUGAAUAAAAACAUUUUCAUUGCAACACAAA